AACGAGAUAAAUGCCACUGCUUACUUCAAAAAUAUAACAUUUUCAAUUUCAGUUUCCAUUGAGCAAUAAUAGAAUGUGCAACAGUAAUAUUAUCACUAGUACUACUGUUGGCCCCCUUGAAGAAGAUCACUAGUAUUGCAAUAGCACCCUGCGAUUUUCCGGCAAUUUACAAUUUCGGGGACUCAAAUUCGGACACCGGAGGUAUCUCUGCUGCAUUUGAACCAAUACAAGCACCUUAUGGUGAGAGCUUCUUCCGGGGACCUGCCUGAAGGUUUUCAGAUGGUAGACUUCUCAUUGACUUCAUCGCUGAGCUCAUGAGAUUACCUUACUUGAGUGCCUAUCUAGAUUCCAUUGGCUCGAAUUUCAGGCACGGAGCUAAUUUUGCAACAGGAGGAUCCACCAUUAGGAGACAGAACGAGACUAUAUUCCAAAGUGGUAUAAGCCCUUUUUCCCUGGACGUUCAAAUCGUGCAUUUCCAUCGUUUCCAAUCCAGACCUGAAGAGCUCUAUAGACAGGAGAAGAACAAACUCCCAAGACUUCGUGAAUUUUCAAAAUCUCUCUACACAAUUGACAUAGGCCAAACUGAUUUAGCUGUUGGCUUCCUCCAGAUGAGUAAUAUACAACUUCGGACAGCCAUACCAGACAUACUAAACCAGUUUUCUGCAGCAGUAACGCGUCUAUAUCAACAAGGAGCGAGGGCAUUUUGGAUACACAACACGGGUCCAAUCGGUUGCUUACCAAAAGCCACAUUAUACCUCAGAAAUCCAAAACCAGGUGUUCUUGAUAACUAUGGAUGCUUAAAGUUCCAUAAUAAAAUGGCCUUAGAGUUCAAUAGACAGCUGAAAGCCAGGAUAAGAACGUUGAGAGCAGAGCUUGGGCAUGCUGCUAUAACAUAUGUAGAUGUCUAUGCUGCCAAGUAUGAAUUGAUCAGCAAUGCCAAGAGCCAAGAUUUCAUGGAACCCCAGAAAAUAUGUUGUGGGUUACAGGAGGGGAACACGCAUGUAUGGUGUGGGCAGAGAGGAAUAGUGAGAGGUGCAGAAGUUUUUGGAGGAGCUUGUGUCAACCCUUCAGAUUACAUAAGCUGGGAUGGAAUACAUUUCUCACAAGCUGCUAAUCAAUGGAUUGCCGAUCAUAUACUAAACGGCAGUUUCUCUGAUCCUCCCAUUCCCAUUACACAUGCUUGUCAUAAACAUCUUCACUAUUAGGAAUCUUGUAUUAUAAAUGUGCAUCUUAACUAGCGAUUUUCAUAUCUAUGUCAAGUAAAAUCUUCAUC